AUGGUUGCCGAAGCUCUAACUAUAACUGAAGAAAAGAAAGCUCACGAUGGUGUGCAUCACAUUGAGGCGAUGAAAAUUGCCUUCAAACUUGCUCAGGAAAGUGGAGGAAAAUUCAUCAAUGGACAUGAUCAUCCUGAUGUGAUGGCAGGUGCUGGCACCAUAGCUCUGGAAAUACUUGAAGAUGUGAGUAAACGGCAAGCCGCAAAUUCGGACUUCGAAUCGUAG